AUGCUCGCCGUCCACAAGCCGCUACCAGCCCACUUCGCCCCGCCGCUCUUCCGUCCGACCCACAGCCGCCACCCGACCGCGCCCGUCGUCAUCAAGCCUACGCACACGCCGGGCCUCUUGUCGCUCUCCAAGCCCACGCAGCCGGCCGCGCGCCCGCAGUCAACUCACCAGCGAGAUCGCCAGGCCAGGUCGUCGCCCAGAGGCAAGAAGACACCGCCUGCGCAACAGGCGCCGGUGCACACGUCCGCUGUCGAGGACAGCAAGCCGUUGGGCUCACCCGCAAAGGCGGAUGGCGCAGCGCCAGACAAGGCCAAAGUGCAGUCUGGUCCGGCCGCUGCGGCUGACAAGUCCACUAGGGGCCGUCAGCCCAGCAAACCCGCCAAAGAUAAGGCACAGCGAAGGAGCGUAUCAUCUUGUUCCCGUCUCCCUGCGCGACGACCCGCACACCAACCUUCCCCUCCCCCCGCCGACAGGAUACCCUCGCAGGCAGAGGCUCCCGUUCAACGCCCGACCAAGUCCCACCCUAUUCUAAGCACUUCGGUAUCGGAGCUCAACGAUCCUUUUGCCAUUAUUGAGUCUUCUACCGGGGCAGCCCCGAAGGAGCCAGCAAAGGCUGGCUCGAAGGGCCCUGCUUUCCAUCCGCUUCCACCGCUUGCCCAGCCGUCUGGCAAGCUCGCUCGCCGCCGUCAGCUCAACUCCCGAGCCUCGCCUUCGCCGAUCACUGCCAAGACCCACCAGCAGCGCAAGGACCGCGUUGCCGCCCUCGUCGGCUCCGUUCCUGAGGACCUCUCUCAGCUCGCGAUCCACGACGAUGUCUCCGCGACGCCCGUCCGACGGAGCAAAGUCCAUCGUGCUGCAGCCGAAAACAGACCUAUCUUCCCCGUCUGUGACGACUCGAGCGAGGCUGACGACAGUGACGACACUCCGCCGACAACGCCCCUCCGAGAAUCUGCCAGCGUGCCUAUCAAGAAGCAUCUGCGUCACUGGCCCGCCACGGGGAGCGCCAACAGUGCCCCGCGUACGGCUCCUCUGGCGUCGACGUUCGUCUUCCCGUUUAUCCCGAGUCCGAGUCCUUCCCCGACGCCCGCUCAACGCCGCCGUAACCACCGCCGCGUUCCUAGCGAGGGCGUUUUCCACAUGUCUAUGGAUGACGAUUCGUCGUCGUCGUCCUCGGAGUUCCCUUCGACGAACAAGGCGUUGCACCCCCGAUCGAGGCGUCCCGCUUCGCAGUCUCGCGAGUCAGUCGCAGGCGAAACGUCCACUUCUGCUCCCCAAGUGGGCUUUUUCGCGGGCUCAGCAUUCCAGAACUCGCCCAGUCCUGAGGACCUGCCGCCGCCAUCGUUUUGA